UACAAUGUCUGUCUGCUUUCAAAGCCCACCACCAUACUUGGUGUAGUUUUAGUCGCAAAACUAAUCUGGGCUGUCAGGAUGUCACCUUCUUCUUCUUCUUUUUUUUUUUCUUUCCAUUUGUUAUCAAACAUGAGCUGAUAGGCAGAGAGCUAGAAACAGUGCUCCACAGUUAAGACAAUGCAGAGUGAUCAGUGCGAGCACAGCUCUUUCACUGAAUGAGUCCAAGUAACCCUGUGACUGCCUUCUGAAAUGACAAGCAGACACACAUCUGCACAGAGGCUGUCCAAAGUGUAAGCUUCCUCGUCACUAUGUCCAGCCGAGGAAGACCUGCUGUGGGGCUUUCUACAACAACAGUCAGUUCAGUAGCUGUGCAGGCUGGGGACUCUAAAAUUGUUAUAGCUAUCAUAAAGUGUGGCAAGCAGAUACAACUUCAACUGGCUGAAUCACAGCCCAAUCUUUUAGAAAUUGGUAGCAGUCAAGAUGAAACAAAAAAACUUCUUCACGAUCACGAACUUCUUUUGGCCAAGCUCAAGGCUUUGGAAGAUCGGGUCUGGGAACUUUUGCAGGAAGCAGAUAAAACAGCUGAAGAGAACAAGGCUCAGAGUCAGGUUUAUGAUGCCAUGGCCGACACUCUGGCUGAAGCUUGGGCAGCCCUGGUCCUGAUGCUUGAAAGAAGAAGGGACCUUCUCAGACUGACCUCUGAAUUUUUUGAAAAUGCCUUGGAGUUUGCUAUUAAAAUAGACCAAGUUGAAGACUUCCUUCACAAUACUCAGGAAUUUGAGAGCAUUGAGUCUUUAAAAUCACUUCUUCAGCUUCAUGAAUAUCAUGCAAAAGAGCUGUUAGAACGAUCUUUGGCCCUUUUAAACAAGAGUCAGCAACUCACUGACUUCAUAGAAAAAUUCAAGUGUGACGGACCUAAUGGGAAUCCUGAGUUGAUACAGGGCGCUCAUAACAGCUGUCUGAAAAUUGACAGCCUCCUUGAACUGCUGCAAGACAGGAGGCGGCAGCUGGACAGGUACCUAAAGCAACAGCAACAGGAACUGGGUCAGGUUCUGCAGAUAUCUCAGUGGGACCAACAAGAAAAUCAGAUUACUUCUUGGUUUCAGAAAAUCAUAAGAGACUUACAGGAACAAAAUCUGGGCUUGUCACUUUCUGAUAAUGAGGAUCUAAUUUGUAAGCAUGAGGAGCUGUCAGUAAAAGCAAAGGACUGGAAUUCUGCUGUUGAGAAACUGAAGAGUGAAGCACUUGAAAUUCUGCUCUCAAAGGAUUAUAUUGAGAAAGAACAUCUACAGCUAUCUAACCAGAAACUGAAUCAACUUCAAGAUGAAUUCAGCCAGCUCAUGGUGGAAAGGGAAACUUGGUUAAAAAAAGCAAAUGACUUUUUUAACAGUGCUAACAAGGCAUUUGAGGUACUUGGAAGAGUUGAAGCUUACCUUAAGCUCCUUAAAUCAGAAGGUUUAAGUCUGCCUGUCUUGGCAGUAAGGCAUGAAGAAUUACAUAGAGAAAUUAAAGACUGCACUGCUGAUGCUUUGCAAAAGGGACGCGCCUUAAUCAGCCAAGUCGACUCCUGCAGAGCGACUGGUAUCCGGGAGAUAAUGGACUGCCUUCAGCGACGAGUGGAUCACCUCACUGAACAUUGUUCAGCACACAAGGAAUUUGCUUUUAAGAAACAGCAACUAAGAGCCUCCGUGGAGGGCCACUUAAAGAAGGUGGAAAUAUUAAUGCAGAAAAUCAUCCCAGAGCUCUCCAAGGAAAUGGAUCUAAGUUCCAGCAUUUCUGAAUCAGAGAGGAUUUUGAGUAAAUAUCUGGAAUUAGACACCCAAACUAAGGAGACAGCACAUGAAUUAGAAGCAGCUGCACAACUUGUGGCAGAGAAAAAUGAAUUUGAAUGUGAUGAAGUGGCGUCGCUUUCUUCUAAAGUCAGAUUGCUGGAGGAAGAAUUAAACGUACUUGACCAAAGCAUGGGCUUCCGAACACGAAUCCUAAAAACUUAUGUGGCGUUUCUAAAAUCAGCAGAGGAGGCAAAGGAACAAUAUCGGGGCGUAAAGGAGUUUUACCAGACUGAAAUCCUGAGGAAGAAAGUGCAUGAUUCUAAAGUUAAACACUGGCCAGACUCAACUGAGGAACAGUGGCACCUGUUUUUAAAGAGAAGUUUUCUCAUUGAAGACUUGGGGUUUCAGUUCCUUAAUUUAAUAAAUAUGGCAAAAGAAAAUGAAAUACGGAAUCUGCAAAAUGAAGUGCACACUUUGGAGGACACCGUGGAAAAUCAAAAAGCAGAAAGGGAAGAACUCAGCCACCUUUGGGUAGCGUGGAAACGCAAAGCCACUGAAAACAAGCCUAUAACACAGCAGUGGGCAGCAUUCCAAGAGCAACUUAGAAAGACUGCUCACAACUUAAAGCUUCUCCAGGAAGCCCUCAUACCUGUGUAUGUGCUUGACCUUGAAGGGAGCCUCCAGAAAGUUUUAGGAAUACAGGAAAAAUGGCGUGAGAUAAAACCUCAGUUCCAGCAACUAAAUGAUGAGGUUCAGUGCAUUAUGAAAGAAGCCGAAGAAUUAUGUGGCAAAGGGGCCCCUGUGAAGGAGAAGUCUCAACAACUUAGAGAUCUUCUGUCCCUCCAUCAAAAGCAGAAAGAGAGAAUCCAAGAUUAUGACAGUAUCCUGAAUAAGACAAUUCAGUUUCUUCAAGUCAAAGAAGAGCUGGAACAUCUCAUCAGACCAAGGGAACUGGAGCUUCUAGAACAGCCAAAGGCACUGGAUGACGCUCGUGCUGCCCAAAUUCACCUCCAUCACUCUCAGGAAAAGCAGGCCCAUGUAGACCAUCUCCACAAACUGGCCCACUCGCUGGGAGUGGGAAUCUUCUCAUCAGUGCAACAGCAUAACUGCUCUAGUAUUUCUGCAGAAAGCCUACAACAGCAGCUGGAUAUGCUUGAAGGGCACAGAAUCAAUUGGCAUGCCAAAGUGGAGGAGUAUGAGCAGGCCCUGACCCGAAGCUUGGAGUACUGCAACAUAAGGGAUGAGAUAAACGAGUUCAAAGAGUCAUUCAAGGAUAUAAAAAAGAAAUUCAACAACUUGAAGUUUAAUUACACAAAGAAAAAUGAAAGAGCUCGGAAUCUAAAGACUCUUAAAUAUCAAAUUCAACAAGUUGAUAUAUAUGCUGAAAAAAUACAGGUUUUGAAAAGAAAAAUGGAAAAAUUUGAGAAUAAAAUUUCAGAUUCAUUCAUAAAUUAUCCAGUUAACAAAGCUGAUGUCCUUUUGGAAGCCAUGAAGGAUUUGCAGAAUCAUGUCAAUGAGUUUAACAAGGUUGUGACAGAUUAUAAGAAGAAUUUGGACUUAACCGCACAUCUCCAGGAGAUGAUAGAAGAGUGCCACUUUUGGUAUGAAGAUGCAAGUGCCACUGUUAUCAGAGUCGGGAAAUACUCCACAGGGUGCAAAACAAAGGAAGCUGUGCAGAUUCUCUACCAACAAUUUAACAAAUUUAUCACGCCCUCAGUACCUCAGCAAGAAAGAAGGAUCCAGGAGAUCUGUGACCUUGCACAACGUUUAUAUGGCUUGGAAGAAGGGCAAAAAUAUGUGGAGAAAACAGUGGCAAAGCACAAUGAGGUGCUUGAAUCUGUUACUGAAUUAUGUAGCACUCUCUCAGAGCUUGAAGAAAAACUGAAGCAGGGAGAUGUUUUAGAGAUGAAUCUGAAUUUGGAAGACUUCCAUGAUGACUAUGUUGGCCUACUGAAAGAACCAGUGAGAAGUAAGCAGACAAUAUUCAGUGAAGAAAUGAAUAAGGAGCAAGCACAUGUGGCAGACAGUUUGGCCAUCAGGGGAAGAAAGGAGAGUCAACCUUUACGGGGCAUGAUGCAUCUGCCCUCUGCCAAAGAAGAGCGUGUCCAAGGCCUGCUCCUGCCUGCAGACGUGAUUUCAGGAGAAGAAUACGAAUGUGUCUCUCCUGAUGACAUAUCCUUGCCUCCACUCCCAGGAAGCCCAGAAUCAUUCCUCAUACCAUCAGAUGUGGACAGGGAAGAAAGUCCCAGCCCCUCCCUCAGCAUACGUAGCUCCAGAACAAUGCAGGCGGGAGCCAGCCGUCCAGGGGACGUCCAGGAAGCUAGCCUUCCUCCACCUCCAGCCUCUGCAGAUGUCUACAGUGAUAAAAAAGAAACAUUUUCAAGUUAUUUUGAAAGACCUUAUCCCCAAUUUAAAGUUGAACUCCCCCCAGCCACCCAAGGAAUUCUGGAAAAGAGCACUGUUUUCUGCAAAAUCAGUGCUAAACUUCCAGAGAGCAUGCCGAGUGAGGUGCAUGAGAGAGCUUUACAGCAGCACCAGCAGGCUCAGAGAGAUUCGCUAGAAACUCGGGAGAAUAUGCAUGAUGACAGUAAUGCCACUAAAACCUGUGAUAGUUUGCAUGCUUCCCCUGAUGCAUUCCCGGGCCUCAAGUUUCAGUCACUCAAAAACCGUGGCUACCAGAGGCAAGUGGUUCCCCAAGAAAAGAUUAAAGGUACAUCAGCAAACAAGAGCGUGGUCAGCCUAGCUGACCAGGCACCUAAUUUCUCCAGGCUCCUGUCUAAUGUAACUGUCAUGGAAGGUUCACCAGUGACUUUGGAAGUUGAAGUAACAGGAUUUCCAGAACCUACACUGACAUGGUACAAGAAGGGCCAGAAAUUGUCUGCAGAUGAGCACUUACAGGUCUUACACAAGGAGACGAGACAUUUGGUGUUCAUUCCAAAGGUAUGCAAGGCAGACGCGGGUCUCUAUGUGGCUCGGGCUCAAAACUCUAGUGGCAUUCUCUCUUCCAGUGCCAUCCUCCAUGUAACAGGUAACCACAGGCCACCGAUCAAGAGAAUAAACUGGAUAACUCUGUGUGCCAUCUAUGUGUGUGUGUCUCUCGCGUACUGGAUACUCACACCGUAACUGGGAUUGGUGCCCAAGGACAUCUUCCCCAGCAACCUGAAGGACCAUACAGUUGUUUAUUUUUCUGCAACUCCCAUGAACAAUUCCCCACCAAGUAAAUCUCCAUUCUAGUCAUAUUGCUGCUUGAUUAAUUCCACUGUUCAACAAAAUAACUAGAUUACCUUUAGUACCUUAAUGCAUUUAAGGAGCUGGAUAACUUAGCAUUGAGUAAGCAUACAUUUUUGUAUUCUAGGAGUUGCAUUCAAUAGAAAACAUAUUAAAAUGACACUAUGCUUAAAACCUUCCUAAUUUAACAGCUUUCAGAUCAAGGAUCACAACAGCAUAUAGAUGUGAGUUAAAUUUCAAAUCCAGUCAUUUGAUAACUUAUUUUUAAUUGUACUCAUAGAUCUACUUAUAGGAUAAGUUGAAAUGUUGAACUAAAGUUGUAAUUUCCGUUAUUUAUCGGUUGUUUUUAAUUUUGUUUUUUCAUGUCCUGAUCUUGUUUAUGGAAAUACAUUCUACAUAGUUGCCAUAUACCCUAUAUAACUCAGUCUGAAAAUGCUGCUAUAAUCAAUCUUCUGUUAAGUUUCAUGGGCUUAACAUAGUGGAAUAGAUGUGCCUUCAACUUGAAAUGGAGUUCCAGGUUACCAGUGAGCUAUGCCAUAGACCAAGAUGGAAUAAAUUGCAGGAGUGCUCUGACUAUCGCUGACAUUUCAUUGUAAAUUUUUGUGUAUAGUUAAACAGAUAAGUGCAACCAGAUUAGCAUGCUUCUAAUUAUAAUUCUAUUUCUUUUCUUCUCUCUCUGUCUUUUUUUUUUUUUACUUGAUAAGAUAGAAAUUGAGAGAGGGGGGAUAUAGGGAGAGAAACAGAAACACCUGAGGCCCUGCUUCACUGCUCCUGAAGCUUACCCCUGCAGGUGAGGAUUGAGGGCUUGAACACAGGUCCUUCCUGUGGAUGAGAACGUAUGUAUUCACAUAGGUGCACCAGCCCCUCUCCCAGUAUUUUUGCAAUCUGUGUAUAGGGCGAUUCAGUACCUCAGUUUCCCAUAUGGAGAAAGGGUGCCUUAUCUACCUCCAAUGAUUCCCUUUUAAUUUCA